AUGGCAUCAUCUCCAAAUCCUACUGAUCAGAACUUCAUUGUAGUAGAUUUCCACUACAAUGGUCAGUUUGCCCCCAAUCCCUUAGUUUACUUUGAUCCCGACAGAGCAUCAGUGCGAGAUGUUGACUUCAGUGGGUUUGGGUAUGAGCAAUUCAUGGAAUUCCUUCACAAGCUCACCAAAUCGAGAAGCAAAGACAUCUAUUUCUGCCUUCCACAAGAGUCUUUAGAUCUUGGAAUUCAUACACUGGUGAACGAGGGUGAUUACAAGGAAUUUUUGGAUUUGGCGUAUGCUAAUGACAAGAGAAUUUAUGUAUAUGUGGAUCACCAUAAUGAACCUAUCUUCGAUUGGAUUGAGGCUGAGGAAAGUGAAAGUGAAAACGAAGACUUAGAUGAAGAUGAGGAUUCAGUUAUUCAAGAUUCAUAUUCUGUUGAUCAUGAAGAAGAUGAUGCUACCUACCCAUUUCCAGCAAACAAAACUGCACAUGAUAGAUUUUUAAACAUCCUUUGUGAACCUAUAGAGAGUGAAGAUCAAGAUGAUGAAUACGUACCACCCCAAUACCCUGUGUAUGAUGAGAGACAACCAUGGGAUCAGAUGAAGCCAAUUAUAGGCAUUACCCUUCUUUCUGAUGGACACAAGGGGUUAUUACAAGCAGUUAAGGAAAGAUGUCCAGAAGCUGAACAUAGGCAAUGUGCUAGACACAUUGUGGCCAAUUUUAAUAAAAGGUUUACUGGUCAAGCAUACUUAAAGUUAUUUUGGAGGGCUAUAAGGGCUAGUACUGUGGAGAAGUUUAGAGUACCAAGUUCAUCCAGGGGCAGUGGAGCAGACCCAAGUUUAUCCAGGGGCAAUGAAGGACCACCACCUACAACCCAACCACCUCCUCCACCACCACCUACAACCCAACCACCACCACCACCUGCAGCCCAACCACCACCACCACCACCUCCUGUAGUCCAACAACCUCCUCCACCACCACCUAUAGUCCAACCACCUCCACCACCACCACCUGCAGCCUAA